AAUUAAGAGUUGUCUUUGAACAUUUUUCUCUCUGAAACGAACACAGACGUAUAUAUGCACACAAAUUCUUGCUUUGUGGCUACGUCUCUUCGGCCGCCCAGAGAAGCAGCUCCUCACCUCUUCUUCUACAAACCGAAAACACAAACUCCUCAAUCAAUCUCUCCGCUGAUUCCAUUUGAUUAUCGCGAUCGUUCCUUCAUUUCCCGAUCAUUGUUUGAACGUUGAAGUGAAGACCGUGUUCUUCUUCUUUUUCGUUGCCAAGUUUGUUACCAAGAAGCCCCAUUUCUCUGCUUCUCAGGACCUAUCUUUGAGCUGCCUUUCUUCUUUCCCAAAUCUCCAUCGUCUCUCAAAUCCCCCAACGCUAGACAGAGCUCCUCCAAAAAUAAAGCCCCGAGUUUUUAAUUUAAAAUUUUUUGUUAAAUUUGUUGCAUUUCUCAAUGGCAGAAUCCGAAAACCAGGAAAUCUCCGGCAAUUCCAAGUCGAAGUUCUCCUCCUUCUUCAAUCACUCGCUUACCUUGCACCACCAGUCCUCUAUUGUUCCCCCGAAGAAACCGUAUCUCCAAGCUGCUUUGGACCGAACUGGCUCCGGUUCCUUCCUCAGAUUCUACAAUUCCUUCGAAUCUGUCCGCUCUGCCGGUAGUUCCAUCAAAGGUAAGGUCAAGCAGCUCCGUAGUUUCUUCGAGUCUUCAAGAAACACCAAGGAGUCCGUAUCGCAAUCGAAUUCCGAAUUGCUGCCCAGCAAACUCAAACCCGCAACAAAAUCGAUCAUUUCGGUUCCUCGUAGCCUUUCGAUUCGGUUGCUGGGUACGGAGGACAAAAUCGUAGUUUUCUUCACGAGCUUACGCGGUGUUCGUAGAACCUAUGAGGACUGCUAUGCUGUGAGGAUGAUAUUUCAGGGGUUUCGGGUUUGGGUCGAUGAGCGGGACGUGUCCAUGGACUCAGCAUAUCUGAAAGAGAUGCAGAGUGUAUUGGGACAGAAGAAUGUAACUCUACCACAGGUGUUUGUGAGAGGAAAGCACUUGGGAGGCGCUGAGGUGAUCAAGCAUCUCUUCGAAGUCGGCGAAUUGACGAGAAUUCUCCAAGGUUUUCCAGUUCAGAAACCCGAGUUCGUCUGCGAGAGCUGUGGGGACGUAAGGUUCGUGCCGUGCUCAAAUUGCAAUGGAAGUCGAAAGGUGUUUGAUGAGGACGAAGAUAAGGUCAAGAGGUGUCUGGAGUGCAAUGAGAACGGCUUGGUUCGUUGUUCGGAUUGCUGUUCCUAGAGUUGGUAAAUUUAGAUGCCAAUUGUUCUUGUUCGUAAAUAACUCAUGCAAUGCUGAAGAAUCAAUGAUAUCAGUUUGAUAAGCUUUUAGAUUCCCAAGAGUCUAUUUUGGAGGAAGAAAUUUUGUCAUCAUCGCUUGGGGGAAUUGAUAUGUUCAAAUCCCUCCGUCUACGUUAUUUCAAAGUGCAAAAAUGGUUUUAGGGUGCGUUUUCUGAAUGUAUUUUUCAUAGCGGGGAAAAAGGUAUCUCCAACAUGGGAUUGUAAAUAUUUUGGUAGUACUAUUUACUGAUAGGGUUUGCAAAUGUUUUGUCGGGUGAUGUAUUGUGACGAGGAGUAUGGGUUUAUUUGAUGCCCAAUUAAUUUUGUGUUUCCGAAUGUUA